ACAGGCAGCAUCACAGACUCACACGAGCGUGCAUCUAUCAUCUCUUAAUGUUUUUUCCCCCUCCAGCCCUGCACCAGCCAAGAAGCAGGAGCAGCAGCAGCAGGAUCAGCAGCAGCAGCAUUUUUUCUGUAGCGUAUGCACCACUGAAAUCAACAAAACCAGCUUUGGGACUGAAAGAGAGAGAGAAAUAGAGAGAGAUAGAUAGAGAGAUAGAUAGAUAAAUAGAUAGAGCCCACACAUACGAACCUUUAAAAAUAUCCGUAUGUGACUUGUUGCGAAGACACACACACACACACACACGCACACGCACACGCACACACACACCCACCCACACAAGACCAUUCUCUCAUAGCCUCACCUCUGUCCAAAAGGAUUAUCUCAUGGUUGUUUGUCUGUAUUUCUGACCAUACCGCCGGGAGGGUAUAAGGAAGCAGGACCUUUUUUUUUGGAGAAUCUGGAUUUGGCACCGAGGGAUCCAAUAUGAUCGCCUUUUGGAGGUGUCAUGGAGCCGCUGUGAUGUCUCUUUGGGUAUUUUGUUGGCUUUUGCUGGGGCUUUGGAGGCUCACUGCCGCUUGUCCUUCUUCAUGUACAUGCAGCAGCAGCAGGAUCUCAUGUAUCGAGCAGGAUCAAGGGAUCGUGGCUUUCCCAGUAUUAAGUUCUGCUAUAGAAAUGGAAAAUAUUACUGAAAUAUACAUUGCAAACCAAAGCCAGUUACGCGCCAUCAAUGACAUUGACGUGGAGGCGUACUUGAGCCUGAGAAAUUUAACGGUGACAAAUUCUGGACUGUCUUACGUGUCCCGUCGGUCAUUUCAGAAGACUCCCAAUCUCCAAUAUGUCAACCUAAAAAACAAUAAAUUAUCUACUUUAUCUUGGAAGACCUUCAGACAUGUAAACUUGGCAUAUCUGGUACUUACAGGAAAUCUAUUCCAGUGCUCUUGUGACAUUCAGUGGAUCAAACUGUGGCAGGAGAAUGACACAGCCAGUCUGCAGACUCAGAAUUUGAUGUGCAAGGAUCACAGCAAUAGGAAGUUCUUACUAACCGAAAUGCACAUUCCGGAUUGUGUGAUGCCUACAUCUAGUAUAAGCCCUUCCAGUGUUACCUUAAUGGAAGGAAGUGACAUCACACUUGAGUGCAGAACCUCUGGAACUCCUUCUCCAGAUGUAAACUGGGAUCUAGGCAACUUGGUCACAAGUUAUCAGCAGUACAACCUAAAUCAACACUAUACAACGCUCAAGAUGAUAAACGUUUCUUCCAAUGAUACUGGAAAAACAAUAUUGUGCAUAGCAGAAAAUAUUGUGGGGGAAAAUGAAUCUUCAGUUAUUCUGGUUGUGCAUUUUCCACCAAAAAUAACAUUUUUAGGCCAGGCAGUCCUGGACCACCACUGGUGCAUUCCAUUCAGUGCAAGAGGGAACCCAAAGCCAAAGCUAAUUUGGUUCUAUGAAGGGGCUGUUUUAAAUGAGACCGACUUCAUCUGGACUAGUAUUCACCUCGCCUUUGAUAGCGAACACCAUGGCUGCCUGCAACUAGAUAGCCCCACUCAUCUCAACAAUGGCCAAUACACUCUGUUGGCAAAGAACGAAUAUGGGACAGAUGAACGCACUGUUUCUGCUCAUUUUAUGCCAGAUCCAUUGCUUGAUUCCACAGAACCUCCUUAUUAUGACUAUACCUCGGAUCCUGCACCCACCAAUGUUCCAGACGUGGAACCAGACAGCAUUGCUGUGUAUGUAGUGGUGGGCAUUGCUGCUGUGGCGUUCACAGGAUUUGUGUUGAUGUUGAUCAUACUGAAAUUCGGAAGGAACUCCAAAUUUGGAAUUAAAGGAACCUCUUCAGUGAUCAGCAAUGAUGAUGACUCAGCCAGCCCUCUGCAUCAUGUGUCCAAUGGCAGUAACACCCCCUCUUCAUCGGAAAUGGGUUCUGAUGCUGUCAUCAUUGGAAUGACGAAGAUUCCAGUCAUUGAAAACCCCCAGUAUUUCAGGAGCACUAACAACAUGCUCAAGUCUGACACUUUUGUCCAACACAUCAAGCGUCACAACAUCGUCCUGAAGAGGGAGCUGGGAGAAGGGGCCUUUGGGAAGGUGUUCCUGGCAGAGUGCUACAACCUCUGUCCUGAUCAAGACAAAAUCCUGGUGGCUGUCAAGGCCCUGAAGGAGGCCAGUGAAAAUGCCCGUAAGGACUUUCACCGGGAAGCUGAGUUACUGACCAACCUGCAGCAUGAGCACAUUGUGAAGUUCUAUGGUGUUUGUGUGGAGGGGGAUCCUCUCAUCAUGGUCUUUGAGUACAUGAUGCAUGGAGAUCUUAAUAAGUUCCUCAGGGCUCAUGGUCCCGAUGCCGUGUUAAUGGCAGACGGUCAGAAUAAUCGCCUUGCUGAGCUGACCCCGUCUCAGAUGCUGCACAUCGCUCAGCAGAUUGCAGCGGGCAUGAUGUACCUGGCAUCUCAACACUUUGUGCACCGUGACCUCGCAACCAGGAACUGCCUUGUCGGUGAAAACUUGCUGGUGAAGAUUGGGGACUUUGGGAUGUCAAGGGAUGUGUACAGCACUGACUACUACCGGGUAAGUGUUGGGGGUCACACCAUGUUGCCGAUUCGCUGGAUGCCUCCAGAGAGCAUCAUGUACAGGAAGUUCACUACAGAGAGUGACGUCUGGAGCCUGGGUGUAGUAUUAUGGGAAAUCUUCACCUAUGGCAAGCAACCAUGGUAUCAGCUUUCAAACAAUGAGGUGAUUGAAUGCAUCACUCAGGGUCGUGUCCUGCAGCGUCCUCGGAACAGCCCAAAAGAAGUGUAUGACCUAAUGUUGGGCUGCUGGCAGCGUGAACCCCACAUGCGGCUGAAUAUUAAGGAAAUACACAGCCUCCUUCAGAAUCUGGCUAAGGCUUCACCUGUAUACCUGGACAUACUAGGCUAAACUCUCAAGACAGCCCCCUCCCUGACCUAUGUGGAGUAUGUGUGGAUGUAUGUGUGUGAGAAAGUGUGGCUAAAACUCUGCUCUUAUCUCCGAUGGCAUUAGUGAAGAAGACGAGGAGAAUCUUUUUCAAAGGGCAACCUUCAUAAAUUCUCCAUGUGCAGACGCAUUAUUGACCAGUGUUAUCUUUCUAUUUCUCUUAUCGACCCAUGCUUCUGCUCCAUCAUAACUCUGCAUAGACAAAAAGCCUUAUAUCUGAUUGUGUGCUUGUUUUUCUUUUCUCUGAAGACCCUCCCAAUCGUCCUCAGUAAUGAAAAUUGCCUUCUCGCAUUCUUGCCUUCGACUGGGAUGAAAAAAGGGAAAACUGACUAUCAGAAUGUGUUGUAAAUAUUCCCCACUUACAUGGAUUCAUCUUAACCUUGGCUUUUGGUUUUGAUUCAUGACAUAACUUUUUGUGGUAUACUGUACAAAGUUAAAAGGAAGUUUUUUUUCCACCUGGAGACAGAAAAAGAAAGGAAAACUUAUUCUCAGCUUCUUUGUAUGGAAUUGUUCUGACAGGCUAUUGUCCUACUGGCAGUCUCUGAAAGAGUAACACAUACAAGAAAUCUGCAACAGCGACUAGUUUGGCCAUUUUCUUCUUUGAAAUUCAUUACAUAAUCCCUUUCUUUUAAAAAGAAGUUUUAAUUCUUGGCAAAACCAUUUGGAAACUGUUUACCCAAAAUAAUUAACACAGAUAUGAAAAGUUGAAUUGAUGUACAGUUAGAUUCACUGGAAGCUGAAACACCAUUUGACUGCAAUUGUGACCACAAUCUCCAGACAAUCAUUAGACACUUCAGCUUGGACUAAUGCAUAGUAUUCAUUUCAGGGUCAGCCACUGCAGACGCUGGACUUCUAUAAUGCAGCACUUGUAAAUGCCCUGACAAAUUAUCUAAAUAUGUGCUUGUCGUGAUGUGUCUUUUUUUGUGUUAAUGCCCCAUAUUUUGUGGAGCAAAAUUUAAUUUUGCAUGGUCUUCAUAGUUAAAUACCUUUAGUGCAAAUUAUUGCUUGAGUCUCAUAUUUCCUGACAGAAACAAAUCUAGUUAUCCAUAUAGGUGUAACAUAUAUUUAAUUAAGAAAACUAAUGGCGGUCAUUAGUUUGCGAACAAAUGGCUUUACAUUGUUAAAAUAUGAUUGGGAAGAUAGAAAUUCUGAAAAAUGGAGAUCCCAGAUUCAGUCGGAAGCGAUGACAGAGCUGAGUCCCUGAGGAUGUAGAAAUCGGUUUCAGAAUCCUUCUGUCAGUAAUUUGUUUCUGACAGACAGUGCAUGAAUACACUGCUGCACAAGAUGCAUGGUUGUGUUGCUGAAGUUUAGCUCAUCACCACAUAAAUCUCUUGCGUACAGACACUUAGGAAUUUCAGCUCAAACAGUAAGAUCUAUUUGGGAUAGUCAUUUUCUGUCAGAAAGCAUACUCCUUCUGAGAGAGAACACCAUAAAUGUGUUUGCAGUCAAACUGGUCAAGUAUAUAUUGCAUUUGUAAUAUAUUACAUUUAUAAUAUAUAUAUAUAGUUCUGUUCUUUAUUAUUGAAUGAGCAGAUGGUAAUUUAUUAUUAGUAUUGUUUUAAAGCUUUUUUUGUUUGUUUGUUUGUUUUUUCAAAUUAUAUUUUGAUACAUAAUUUAUUUUUACUGAAGCACUUUUCUCUUAAAAUGGUUAAUUUACUGAUUCUAACAAACGUGGGACCUAUGAUUAUUAUCCACCACAUAAUUAUUGAUUAAUCACAAAGGUCAAAGAUAAUAAGCAGUAGCUAUCAAGUCAUAUCAUAAAAUAAGACCAUAACAGCUGCUGCCUUUACUGAAUGAAAGCACAUAUUCAUACAUUAUACAGAAUUUCUUUAGAAUGUGAGUAUUCAGCUGAAGUAUUUCUGAAAAUGUAGUUACUGAGAAUAGGGGAAAUAACUUAAAUGUAACAAUGCAUUUUGACUUUGUUUUAUGGUGGGUUGCAUUAAAGCAUCAUAUCAGUUUAUAAUAUGGAUGUCCCUCAGAAGUUGAUGAUAUUUAAAUUAUAAUUCUGUAAGCGACUGUAUCAUCCGCAGGAACCUUUCCAUUAAGCUGAUGAGACAAUCUGACUUUAUUUUACUUUGACAAUGUACGUAACUGAAUUAUUUGUGAAUUUUCUUAUAAUGAAAUGUGACACAGGUACAGUAUUUUUUCUAAUUAUACCAAUUAGAAAUGCUUAUUGAAUGCUUUAGUUUUAACAAAUGCAGAAUUUAUUUAAACUUAAAACAUGCUGUUUUGAUAUGCCCAUCUUAAAUCAACACAUGCGGGCAUUGCUAAAUCACCUGGUUAAAAAAAGAUGAUUCCUAUUUUUGCCAAAAGUAUAUUGUGCUAAACUGGAAUUUAAAAUGUAGGUAAAUCUUUGUGAAAUAUACAUUAGAAAAGGAAUAUGAGCGCUGUAACUGCAUUGAAAAAGUCAACCAGGCAUAAGUGUCCCUUGGCAAGCAGUGUUGCUGACUGAUGGCGGCUUAGAUGCUGCUGGACCAAGAUGUAAAUACAUCUGCAGUUGUAUUUGUAUAAUGUUGCCAAUAAGUUCUCAUCUUUUAUUAGAUUUUGUAUUCCAAAUGUAAACAUUUAAUUAUGAAAACAUACUAUUUUUUAAAAUUAUUGUUUUAACUUUUUUUUCCAAUAAUAAAACAAAAUUCUGUUUUAUGGAGAAAACAAGAUGAUAACCUGCUGAAAUGCACACACACACACACACACACACACACACACGUUUACUAAGUGGGAACAUCAAUUUGAUUGACAGCUACAUGGAUUUUUUAAAGCAUUCUGCAGCUUUGAGGAUUAUUAUUAUUAUUAUUAUUAUUAUUAUUAUUAUUAUUAUUAUUAUUAUUAUUAUUAUUAUUAUUAUUAUUUUAUAAGAUUACUUUCCCAGAAAAGAUGAUGUUAUGACAAUAUAACAAUGUUAUAUUUUUGUCAGUAUUCACUCUUUGGUUGACAAGGGCAGACAUGGAAGUUUAAAGGUCAGGUCUUCAAGCCUUAAAAGUAUAUUCUUUCUAAAAAACAUUUUACAGCUCUACAGCAAUGCAAAAUGGGUUAUAAUAUAGAAAUAUUUCUCAUGGCAUGGCAGCAGUAUAUUAGGUAAUUUCUUGGCAUCUCAAGUUAGUCACCAUUUCUGUUAGGCCAAAGUAAUAUCUGUGACAAAGGAACUUUAUAACUGAAAUUAUCUAUUGAAUGUCUUAUCUGUGCAGUAAAGAGAUAGCUGCUCCACUGCCUUAGUGGCAGUGACAGAGAUUAGCCUAUUUGUAUCUGAGACAAUGCAAUCUUGACAUCCUUGCUUAAAGCAGUAAAAUGAGUAUUAAUAGAGAAGUUGGCAAUAUGGAUAAGUACAAAACUUUGUACUUGCUGAAAUAGCAGAAUUUUUUUUACUAUUAUUAUUAUUAUUAUUUAUUGUUAUUAUUAUUUAUUGUUAUUAUUAUUAUCUUGAACAGUAGGAUCAAUGUUGUUUUUCUUGAUGUAGAUGAACACUUUAUCUUUGUUCUAUAGUGUCUGUUUUAUGUCUUGAAAGUAAGGCAAUUCCUCAGUUUUUACUGCCUUUUGUAAAUCCAACACCAAUAGUCUACAUAUCAGAGGGAGUUUUACAAGCUGUAAGUGCAUUGACUUUUCCCCAGCCCUGUUAUUAAUCUUGAUUUUUUUUCUUUGAAUGAAAAACUGAUUUGGCAUAACAAACAAUCUCUUCUUUGAAUAUAUCUGUAUUAUGUGUUCUUUAAUUAA